AUGAUCGACGGCGGAAAUGUGUACCGCGUGUUCUGCGCCAUCGUGCCGCUGUACGUGGGCAUCGGAUCCGGCUUCCUGUCAGUGCGCGUCUUCAAGAUCCUCUCGACCGACCAGUGCGCGGGAAUCAACCGUUACAUCGCCUUCAUCGCCCUCCCCUCGCUUGUCUUCCAGACCAUAGCCAAGACGGACAUGUUCAAGAUGAACUUCCUCUUCCUGGGCGCGGAUUCCACAGCGAAGCUCUUCGUACUAGUAGUCGUGGUGCUCUUCCUGCUGCUGCGAGUGGCGGCCAAGCACCUCGCCGUGCACAGAGCCUUCCUCUGGUCCGCGUCCCUGUUCAUGCUCGUCUCCAUGCCCAACACUCUUAUCAUCGGAGUUCCACUGCUGUCAGCCAUGUAUGGGGAAGAGGCCGGGGACCUCAUGGCACAGAUCGUGGUGCUGCAGUCCGCCAUCUGGAUGCCGCUCACCAUCUUCCUCCUGUCCUGCCAGCAAGCCACCUCCCUGAGCACUCGCCGCGUGCACGACGCCUCCGCCCCCGCCCACGCUCGUUCGAACAGCACCGAUACUGCAGGCACUGGCAGCACUGAUAACCAGGCAAGCAGCACUGCCAACGGCCCAGCAAGCUCUGUUGAUGUCUCUCACGCACAGGCCGCUGCUUCUAUGUCCCAUGGCCAGGUACAGCAGCAGCAGCGGCGCAUGACUCGCCUGGAGAGCAUGCUGCUGCGCAGCUCCUCGUUCAAUGGCAGCUGGUUCAACAGCCGCGGCUUCAAUACAGUCACGCUCGCAAGCUCCGUCAGUGACAGCUCUGGUAGUGGUAGAUCCGUUAGUGACAGUGACAGAUCAGUUAGUGACGGAUUCGUUAGUGGUAGAAGCACCGUGGUUGGUUUCAGUGCAACACGGUGCACAUAUGAUGUGGACGGUACCAGAUCAGAGGAGCCAGUGGAAACACCGACAGAGUCUGGAGCGUCUAGUGGGGCUACAAAACUGAGUUCUGAGGGGUCCGUGGCUGAGCCUAAUGGGGAAGGUCAGAGGAGUGAGGGGAAUGAGGAAGGGGCGUGCGUGUGCAUUGAGGUAGAGGAAUCCCAGCCAACAGGUGGUGCCCAGUCCUGGGAUAGAGGGGGCGAUGCAGAAGGUAGUUCCAGCCUCAGAAAUGGAGGUGGCAGUUAUGCGGAUACAGGUUCAGUAGUGAAGGAGCAGCAGCAGCGGCAGAAGAAGAAAGAGGAGGAAGAGGUGCAAGGGCAAGUACCAGAGAUGCCAUCGGUAGGGCCAGAGUCACUCCCUCCCUCUAUCCCCUGUGCCCACUGUGUGAGUCACUCCCUCCCUCUAUCCCCUGUGCCCACUGUCUGCGGCUUCGGCCACCCAGAGACGCUGCGCACGUCAGUCAAGAUCAUAGCAGACACGGAGUGUGUGCCUCUCUCCCUUCACCCAUCACCUGCUCUCAACAACCCUUCUGGUCCCUCCCCCUCCCCUCCGCAUGUCCCUCCCCCUCGCCCUCUCCCCAGCUGCGGAUUCGGCUACCCAGAGAUGCUGCGCACGUCAGUCAAGAUCAUAGCAGACACGGGUCUUGGCAUGUCCAUGUUCAGCCUCGCCUCGGUGAGUGCCACUGUGGCUUCUCAUGCUCAGCCUCGCCUCGGUGAGUGCCAGCUCAGCCUGGGUCUCUUCAUGGCCAGCCAAAAGAGUCUGCUCACCUGCGGGGUGUGGCACACUGUGUGGUCGCUCGCCCUCCGAUUCGCCCUCACACCGCUCACCACCGCUCUCUUCGCCUUCCUCUUUGGCAUCCGCGGCAAGCUCUUUCGAAUCAUUGCCAUGCAGCCCACAUCACCCCUCACCUACGAUCCCCGUGUCUCGCCCUUGUCUCCCCCGUUUCUCCCCGUGUCUCGCCCUUGUCUUCACCGUUUCUUCCCCGUUGUCUCCCCCCUCCCUCAGUCCGCACUGCCCCCAGGGGUAGUGACCUUCGCGCUGGCCAACGAGUACAAGUCCCACACUGCUAUUCAUUGCCCUUCUCUCCCCUUGUCUCCCCCUUGUCUCUCACGUGUCUUCCCUUUGUCUCCCCCGUUCUAUUACCCAUUGGCUCCCCCCUCCCUUCUUCAGUCCGCAUUACCCCCGGGGGUGGUGACUUUCGUGCUGGCCAACGAGUACAAGUCCCACACUGCCAUUCAUAGCACCGGCGCUCAUGACAUAUGUUGCAUGCAUCCGUUUCUUCCACUCAACAUCUAG